AUGAGCCAUCACCUCUCCGCCACCACCGCCGCCGCUAGCUCGUCUCCCAGCCGCCGGCCGAGCGUAACCUCAUUCCCGUCGCCGCUCCACCAACCAAGCGCGCUGUUCCAGCAGACUAACUUCGUUGCCACUCGCACAGAGAAGAGGCCCGCACCUUCAGUGGCCGCCGCAGCGGCGUCGCCGGUAUCACCCCUGCUGCACAGGCUCGAGGAGAUGAGUGACCAUGAGGCAAUCCCUGAAAGGCUUGCUGUGGUCACUGGUGGAAACAGAGGGAUCGGCAUAGAGGUGUGCCGCCAGCUUGCUCUCCAAGGUGUGACGGUCAUUCUCACAGCAAGGGAUGAUGAGAAAGGAAAAGCUGCGGUUGAGUCCCUUUGCCGUGAAUCUAACCUCUCCAACAUAAUCUUCCAUCAGCUCGAUAUACUGGAUGCUGGUAGUCGUGCCUCAUUAGCGCGAUAUAUCGAGACCAGAUAUGGGAAGCUCGACAUUUUGGUCAACAAUGCAGGUGUUGGAGGGGUGGCAGUAGACCAGGAAGGCCUGAGAGCUCUCAACAUUGAUCCUAAGAUGUGGCUAUCGGGCAAAGCAGCUCAUCUGAUCGAAUCGGUGAUUGUACAAACAUAUGACGAGGCCGUAAAAUGUCUUAACACCAACUACUAUGGGCUGAAAUGGGCAACAGAAGCUCUUCUUCCUCUACUGAAAAAAUCCACAUCAGGAGCAAGGAUUAUCAACACCUCCUCCCUCCGUUCAGAGCUGCAGAGAAUGCCGAACGAGAAGCUGCGGGAGUCCCUGCGCGACGCCGACAGCUGGGACGAGGCGCGGAUCGAGGCCAUGCUGAGCGAGUUCCUGGAGGACAUGAAGAACGGGCGGCUGGAGGUGGCUGGGUGGCCAAUGAUGCUGCCGGCCUACAGCAUGUCCAAGAUGGUGGUGAACCUCUACACCCGUAUCCUGGCGAGGCGGCACCCAGAGAUGCGCAUCAACUGCGUGCACCCUGGGUUCGUCAAGACGGAGAUCAACUGGAACACGGGGGUCCUCCCACCGGAGGAAGGCGCGAGGGGCGCGGUGAUGCUGGCGCUGGCGCCUGGCGACGGGCCCACUGGCUGCUACUUCGACCAGACGAAGAUGGGGGAGGCUUGGUGA